AUGGAAAAGAUGGCCGAGUUUCCAUUUAGCAAGCCGUUGAAGUUUAGGAAGGGGCCUGGAAUGUCGUUUUCCAUGUCGAGGAGAGAGGACAUAGGAAAUCACAAUAGGAAGGUUUUUGAGGCCAUAACGGCGUUGAGAAAAGACCCCAAUGCUCUAACGUAUGUGAAAAACCCUGAUUUCUUUGAAGACAGUUCUGAAGAGGAGGAACGCUCUGAAAACAGGUAUGUAGUUAGAGAGACCAUCAAAUGCAAAUACUAUGACGAUGGAAAAUACAACUUCUUUGGAAAUCUUGUCCUUCGAGGAUUUUCAAGAAGUGGCCUGAAUUACAUUAAUAUGAGAGAAGGAGGAAAUAUUAUUUUCAAAGACCUCGAGAAGAGCCAGAUGAAGUUAGCCUAUAGUAAAGGAGAAGAUUCGAUCUACAUGCUGAUGGAGAAGACCAUGAUGAUUUACAAAAUUGUUUGUAGGCAUCCUAUGAUUGCAUCAAGUAUAUACAAACAUCUAAUGGGAGAUGAGUCUGAUAGUUAA